AUGUUUAUCAGUCUAUCUACAUCUGUUCAUAUCUAUCUAUCUUCAUUUCUAUCUAUCUCAGUCUGUUCAUAUCUAUCUAUCUAUUUCAGUUUGUUCAUAUCUAUCUACCUAUCUCAGUCUGUUCAUAUCUAUCUGUCUAUCUAUCUAUCUAUUUCAGUUUGUUCAUAUCUAUCUACCUAUCUCAGCCUUUCAUAUCUAUCUAUCUAUCUAUCUAUCUAUCUAUCUAUCUAUCUAUCAAAUUUAUCGAUUGAUUUGAAUCUCUCUCUCUCUCUCUCUCUCUCUCUCUUUUUCUAUCUAUCUAUUUAUCUAUCUAUCCAAGGCUGUUUAAUUCUUUUCAUUUUUUUCUUUUAUUUUUUCAAUUUCUUCUUUUUUUUUUGUUACUUUUUUCCUUGCGUUCUUUUUAAUUUUUCCUUCUUUUUAUCAUUUUUCUCUUUUUUCAUAUUUUAUUCUUUUUUGUCCCAUAACACUUUCUCUUACAUUUUCUUUUUUAUUUUCCUUGAUUUUAAUAUUUCAUUUUCAUUCCUUUUAAUUAUUCUCAUUUUCUUUCUUGAACUUUCUUCUAUUCAUUUUUGUUUCAUAUUUUUGCUUUUACAUUUUUGUUUCUUAUUCCUUUUUCAUUCUCCUUUUAUUAAUUUUUCACUCUUUCUUCCUUUAUUUAUUUUUCAUUUCUUCCGAUAUCUUUUUCAUUUUGCUUCGUUUUUAGAUUUUCCUUUCUUUUUCAUCUUUUUUUUUUACAUUCUAUAUUAUCAUUUCUUAUUUUUCAUUUUUCUUUUUAAUUUCCUUUCUUUUUUUCAUUUAUUGUUUUUAAUUUAUUUCUUUUAUUGUUUUUCAUUUUUCUUCUGUCUUUCAUUUAUUGUACUUUUUCAUUUCCCUUCUUUCUUUCCUAUAUUGUACUUUUUCCUUUACUUUCUCUAA